AUGAAGUGGUCCGUGCUGCCCUUUGAAGAGCUCUAUAACUCUAUUCAGGCAGAGCAGUUUGAUCUUCAGCUGUAUAACAGUCUGCUACCUGACUUAAAAGAACUCAAUCUCUCGGACAAAUAUCCGCGGAAUGACACCAGCAGAAAACAGCUAGAAACCGGAGAAAUUACCCUAUCUGACGGUGACCGUUAUAAGAUCAACCAGCAGUUUAUAAUUGCCGCUGUGCAGCUGGCAGAUGAAUUGAAUUUGGAUGAAUUGGCCGUGGCUGAACUUCUGCUCUCGUCAGACGAAGAACUGGAUGCACUAGAUCAGGACCUACUACUAUUGAACCAAGGGAAGGUGCGCUUUUACCUGCGCAAGCAGUUCAUCUUACAGGUAGUGUCCUACGUGGUGAAUGUUCACAGCUCGGAGAGCGAGGUAUACCGCGCUAUAGUGGAAGACGGACAGCUCAUCGACAAGAUACUCAAAGGCUGCAAAGCGGUACACCAGCAAUUAGACGAUAUCAAACAGUCUAUCAAUAAGGCACAAAUUCUGGAUACGUACGAUUCUCUAUUCCAGCAGAAUGUGAACUUCAAGCGGGACUUUCUAUUGAAGGAGUACGACAUUCUGGCUCAGAUUCUAUACGGGGUGGUGAAGAACAGCACUAAGUUUGACAAGGACAAGAUUAUGUCUGUCAUUGAUCAUGUUUCCGGGAUGGAUUCCGAUGACUUUUUUAUCAUGUACUACAUGCCGGCCCUCUUUCUGGCGUGGUCAAAACUCUCCAACUUUUCGGAAUCCGACGUGAAAGCACUGCACUAUGCAUUUGUUAAAGAGAUUAAUAAUGAGGGCAUAUAUACGAAACCGGUCAAGGUGACUUUGAUCUUUGUUUUUCUUACCUAUUUUAUUGGCUGGUGCAAAGCUGCACCAACCAAAAGAGCAAAGGCAUUUGAUUUCGAAAACACAGUGGACAAGCCUAUGACAGUUGCGGUGGAGCAGGGGGCUCUUGAGCAGCUAAUGGUGUUUGCAGCCGAGACCUCAACUGUAGAACAAGACAAAAGCAUGGAACUGUUUUACGACAUGCGCUCGUUAUUGGAGAGACACAUUCCUCGACUGUUACCGAAACAAUUAAUGGACAUGGAACAUCGAACUGCUGUAGUCAUUAAACCUGUUAGCCAAGUUCCAAACAAGUUUAGUAAGAUUACAUUCUCUGCCCAACUAGAAUCGCAGUUUCUCUAUGUUUUUGACGACUUCAUUCGAGCAUCCAUCUCAGACUGCGCAUUUCUAUUAACCAAGGUAAAGAAUGCCGAAGAAGAUUCCCUGUUAUCUGGUGAAGAUCUUUACUUAGAUGACAUUUCAGCAAAGGCGGAUCUCGAAAGGUUUUUCCUUGUCGUCUAUUACUUUUAUGCUUCGAGGCCCUCUUUAUCCCAGUUCUUUUGGCAGGAUAGCGAAUCCACAUUCUACGGUUUUAUUGAGUGGGCUGCCAAGUGCAACGACAACUUGAUGAAGUCUUGUUUUUAUUUGAUGAUGUCAAGUUUGUCCUAUGGGGAGGAAAAUGCUACGAAUGUCUACCAUUAUAUCAAUGGAAACCAAGCUAUAUCUUGGCACACAAUUGCACAAAUAAUUAGUGACUACACUGUCAAAAUUUCUAUCGUUGAAAAGAAAAUGAUGGAGCUUCAGCCGCAAUCAGAAGAGGAAAAGGCCAACUUUAACAAUGUCGCAUUACAAGAGGGACUCAAUGAAGAGGUAGUUAUAUUAUUAUCAUCGCUACUGACACUAAUCGGAUCGGUAGCAUAUGAUUUACCAACGGAAAUCCAACUCUCUUUAACAGAAAUGUUUACUGAAGUUCUUUUUGAAUUUAUAAAGGUGAAUACUCCGCUAAUUGGUGCAACUAUGAAGGUUCUAGGUACACUUGUUCCAUUAACUCAAGAAAAGAGGGAAAUAUUCUGGACUAAUCUAGAUAAAUGGAUUUUUAAAGGUUCUCCACUGAACUCUACUGAUGAUUCAUAUCGUAUGGCAUUCCAGUCUGUUCUCACAAAUUUCUCUGAUGUAUCUGGGUUUCUAAGGCUUUUCUCUUGCAUGCUAGCCGCGAAUACCAAGAACGGUUCUGGUAAGGUGGCAUUUGGGAAGUUGCCAUACCCUAUUAAAUUAGGCGCUGCAUACAGAAAGUCAGGGAUAUGGCCAUAUUUCGAUUUCAUUUUUCAUGAAAUAUUUGCCCACGUUACACAACUCACAGAUGUUCCUGAGAAAUUUUCUAUCGUGGAUCCUAUUUUCAGUAUUAUUCAGCAUAGUCUCUCUUCAUUUGACUAUUCUGUUUUGCUGAACUCUAUCACUGCAGGAGUGAAUUUAGAUUCAUUGAUAGAGUUUGGUGACUUUUUUACGUAUGUUGAAGAAUCCCCAGCUACCGCUGCGUUUAACUAUCUGUUUGAAGAGAAGUUUUUCAAAAUCAUUUUUAAUAUAGCUUCAGCCGGGGUGGAUGAGUUAUCGGGGGAUUUAGAAACAACUGGACAACAGCUGAAGAUGGCACGGGCAGCCAUUCGGAUACUCAAUAUGCUUUUAACUUACGAGGGAACUUAUACGGAAGAGCUCUGCCCGAUUGUAAAAAAACACCAUAAGGAGACACAUUUUAUCCCAAAAAAUUUUGGUUUGCACGGAUUGAGCUCAUACUAUGAUGCAAUACUUUUUGAUCUACCUCUGAUUGCCCAUUGUGGGCUAUACAUUGGUAUACCAGACUAUAUCCUUGCUAGCGAAUCACUUGAUUUGCUGAAAAAGAUAUCAUUGCGCUUCCCUUACAGCGAUACGAGGAAAAACAAAGUUUUGACAGUUUUCGAAUCAGUGGAUGAAUCUGCAAGGAUUAAGGAAGCGUUCAUUUCCCAAGUUUCUUCUUUCAUCGAUUCGGAAGAAUCGCUUUCCCUGAAGUUGGCUAUUUUAGAUUUCAUUAACAUGAAUCUCUCAUACACUAACAAAACAGUGACUGUAGCCCAUUUUCUCCUCGGUUUCCAAGUUACCAACAUUUUGUCGCUUGGACCAACUCUUUCUACGUUCAUCAAUUCCCCCUCCUCUCUGCUGAACUCAUUACUGGACAUACUAUUGUCAUCUCUCGCAUCGAUUAAUCCGCGUAAUGUCGAUUACGCCCCAAUUCGGUUGGCCUCCAUACUGAUGGAAAUAAUUGUGAAACUAUGCAGAAAUACUCUCACUUCUCGGCUGACUCUGGAUUUCCUUUCUUCGAAGGGAUUGUUUGAGAGGAUUAUUGAACUCGAUCCGAAUAUUGAUAAUACGUCUUUAUGGUGUGAUCAAUCACUCCAUGGUUCAUUUAAUAACAUUAACUCCAGUGUCUUGGAUGGUCCAGCAGUAGGCGCCUUAUUGGCCUUUUUAAGAUACCGCAGCCACUUAUUGCAAUAUCUAAGUUUAGAUCUGCACUGGCUAUCUACUGAAUCACAGCAAUCAAAGAUAUCCGCAGCAGUCGCCGUACUAAUAUCAAGUGAAAUCCAUGCACCUACUAUAUUUGCAUUUUUGGACACUUUGACAUACAGUAAGUUACCUGUUGCAGGGGAUCCUCCAAAAGAUCUCACCCUCUUCAAGAAUUUAGAUUUGAGUGUCAACAAAAUCAAGUUAUCGUCCAGUUGUACGGGUAACAUCUAUGAUUUCAGCAGUUUAGACGCACUGCUGGAUCUGAGCUUCCGAACACAUGCUCUUUCAGUUCCCGCGGUGGAUGUCCAAGAGACAUCUCUACAAAGCAUUGCGAAAGAAGAAACCCUCAAGAUAAAGAGGUUCAUUACGACAUGCUUGGCUCACGAAAGCUACUCGUCACUUCAGCUCUCUGUUUUGCAUUCGUGGGUGCAGUUGGUACAGAUAGUGGUACUUGACGGCUCUCUUACCCCAGUUGAGCGUUCUAACUUUGUUUUGGAGGUUUUUGAAGCAAUUGUGCCGAAAAUCAAUGACUAUGUUGAAUUCGAUGUGGCUUAUUCAGAGGAACUGGUCUCUCUCUCUGUUUUUCUAUAUGAUCUGUACCAGAAAGACCGCAUUCAGAUUGAUCAGGAAAAGACUAUAGAUGGAAGACUCCAUGCGCUAUUUAAAACUUGCAUCCAUGGUAUCACUUCGCCACUAUCAACACUAUGUCUAAGAUCCGAUUUUUAUGUGCUUGCGAACAAAUAUCUUCUUAGAAUUAUAAAAGAAGAAAGCUUGGCGAAAGAAGUUUUACAAUCGCUAAAAAUGGCAAGUGAAAGACUUGUAGAGGUUAUCUGCAACGAUGCGAUUUCUGGUGAGGGGUCAAAUAAGAUUACUGGAAUUCUUCUUCUCGAUGCAUUGGCCCAAAUUGCCUGCUUAAACAAGACUAACUUCAUAUUAGACGUCCUCAUGAAGAGCAACAUGCUGCUUUUGAUAAUUCGUUCCAUAAAGGCGACUGAUGAGUUGUUAAGCGUUAGCUCCCACACAAUAACCUUGGAUACUCUGCUAUAUGAGCUCACUGCAUUCAAAUCAACAGUUUACUUUCUAAUUAGAUUGGCUAAAACAAGAAGCGGUGCGCAGGCUCUUAUUCAAAACGAGAUAUUCAAUACUAUUGAGUCAUGUUCGUUUUUGCAGAUUGAUCCAGACCUAGGGCUAGAAUUAAUCUUUGAUGAGAUUUCCGUCAAAAAUUCAAACUUCGUUCGUGUCAAUUUGAAUCUCGACAACCCAUUAACCCUGGGUUCUCAAGCAAACGGUAUCUCGUUGUUUGAAAUUGUUGUGCCUAUCUUCCAAUUAAUAGUCUCAAUCUUGUUAAGCAUGGGAAAUGCUAACAGGCCGGUAAUGAAAAGUGUCAAAAAACUCCUAGUCCAUUUUAGGAAGUUGGUGCAGGGAGUGUUGAAGAGAGACGCUUUGCUUGAGAGUAAUGAAAAAUAUGUUGUUGAUGAUUCCACCAUGGAGGGCUUAGAACAGCAAGUGAAGCUAGUUGUCUUAUUAUGUACACUGACCGGUUAUUUGGGCGAGCAGGAUGUUUGA